GGGCGCGCGCGGGGCGGGGGGGUCCUCGCCGGCGCGCGGAAAAAAACGCGCCAAGUUCGCUGACGGUGUCCCCGCGGUCUCCAUGGCAACGGCGAGCGGGAGCGGGGCCGGGAUGUAGCGGUGUGAGCGCCCCGGCCGCGCCCCGCAGGAACCAUGCCCGGCGUCCUGCCCGGCGACAGCGCCAGGGCCAGCCCCUCCAAGAAGAACCGGCUGUCGCUGAAGCUCUUUCAGAAGAAGGAGGCGAAGCGAGCGCUGGAUUUCACCGAGGCGCAGGAAAAUGAGCAGAAGGGCGCGGAGUUCAGAGGCGCCGAGAUUGACCAGGUGGUUCCUGCAGCACAGCCUCCCUCCCUGGUCUGCGAGAAAAAAGACAACAUGUUGCCUUUUGUGGGCUUGAACAACCUGGGCAACACCUGCUACCUGAACAGUGUCCUGCAGGUAUUAUAUUUUUGUCCUGGUUUUAAAACUGGAGUAAAACAUUUAUAUAACAUCAUUUCAAAGAAGAGAGAAUCUUUGAAGGAUGAAGGAGAACAAAAGGCAGAAAAGGGAAGUUGUAAAGAAGAUCCCCUGGCAAGUUACGAACUCAUCUGCAGUUUGCACUCCUUGAUCCUGUCAGUGGAGCAGCUUCAAGCCAGUUUUCUCCUAAACCCAGAAAAAUACACGGAUGAAUUGGCCACUCAGCCUCGGAGGCUGCUGAACACCCUCAGAGAGCUGAACCCCAUGUACGAGGGGUACCUGCAGCAYGAUGCCCAGGAAGUGCUGCAGUGUAUCCUGGGGAACAUCCAGGAAACCUGCCAGCUCUUGAAGAAAGAAGAGCUGAACAAACUGCCCGUGGAAGAACCUGCAGCUAAACUGGAGGCAAAACCCAACCAAAAUUCUGAGAGCAACGGCUCUGCCAGCCCUGCUGAGGAGGAGGAUCCCACCUUGGGCAGCCACGGYGGAGACGCGGCCGAGGAGAAGCUGCUCAAGGGAAAUGGGAAAAGGAAAAGUGAUGCUGAGGGUGGCAACGCCAAGAAAAAAUCCAAAGUAACAAAAGAGCAAAUUGUGGCGGAAGAAAAUCAAAGACAAACCAGRUCUAAGAGGAAAGCCACGGGAGAAAAGUUGGAGAACCAAACKGAUGCCAUUGCCAAGUGUUCCGGGGAGGGCGAGAGCGUGAAGCCCACACAGAAAAAAUCGCGGCUUAGGUUAAACUGGUUAAAAUCUUCCUGCAAACAGCCCAGUAUUCUGUCCAAAUUUUAUAGUCUAGGGAAGUUAACUACAAACUUGGGAUCCAAAGACCCAGGGAAAGAAUAUGACUGUGAGCUCGAAGAAUCGGCUGUCAAGUGCGAAAAUGGUGACAGUAAAGAAGAAUAUCAUGAACCAGCAUCUCCYGUGGAAAGCCAUCAUGGAAAUGGAACUGAAAAAGAACCAAAAAAGGAAGGUACUGAGCUGGCAAUCUUCGAGCUGGUGGAGAAACUCUUCCAGGGCCAGUUAGUGCUGAGGACAAGGUGCUUGGAGUGCGAAUGCUUCACRGAAAGGAGGGAAGAUUUUCAGGACAUCAGUGUCCCAGUGCAAGAAGAUGAACUUUCUAAAGCUGAGGAGAGUUCUGAAAUUUCUCCAGAGCCAAAAACAGAAAUGAAGACUCUGAAAUGGGCAAUUUCCCAGUUUGCCUCAGUGGAGAGGAUUGUGGGAGAGGACAAAUAUUUCUGUGAGAACUGCCACCACUACACGGAAGCCGAGCGCAGCCUUUUGUUCGAUAAAAUGCCCGAAGUGAUCACAAUUCACUUGAAGUGCUUUGCUGCCAGUGGCUUGGAGUUUGACUGCUAYGGGGGCCUGUCCAAGAUCAACACCCCGCUGCUGACCCCGCUGCGGCUGUCCCUGGAGGAGUGGAGCACCCGGCCCACCAACGACACCUACGGCCUCUUCGCCGUGGUCAUGCACAGCGGCAUCACCAUCAGCAGUGGCCACUACACGGCCUCGGUGAAGAUCACAGACCUGCACAGCCUGGAGYUGGACAGGGGCAUCUUCCUCCCCGAGCCCGGCUACGCCGCGCUAAAGCCGGAGCCGCUGACCGAGGAGGAGGCGCGGGCCGUGGCCGAGGACUACGAUGAUGGAGAGGUCUCGUUCCGGCUCAGCGGCUCCGCGCCGCCGGGGAAGGUCCUCAGCAAGAAGAACAUGGAGGCCGUGGGACUGCUCGGGGGGCAGAAGAGCAAGUCUGACUGUGACCUGUAYGCCAGCAAACAGCCCAACCCCGAGAAGCUGCUGAGCGUGGCUCCCGAGCCGCGGAGCGCGGAGCCCGGCGGCAGCGCGGAGCCGCGGGUGGAGCAGGGUGAGACCCCGGGGCUGGCGGCCAACGGACUGGAAAACAAAGCUCUCUACGUGCUCCAGAGCCUCAAGGAGUACGAGGGCAAGUGGCUGCUCUUCGAUGAUUCCGAAGUGAAGGUCACAGAGGAAAAGGACUUUCUGAAUUCUCUUUCWCCGACAUCGUCAUCGACAUCGACUCCUUACCUACUGUUUUAUAAGAAAAUUGUAGAGUGAUACUGUACUUGGACUGUAAAUAUUCGGGAUUUGCAUACACCUCUUGGUCUGAUUUGCAUCCAAACUACCUGGAAGAAAYGGCUGUUUGUUUUUUGAAGCUACUGAUUCUUCAUGUUUCUGGCAUUUUUUCCUUCCGUGUAAAGUGGCUCAACUUGAAUUAAAAAAACCUGACAUAGGACUUGACUCACACCAUAACUUUUCUGCUGGAGAAUAGUGCUAUGACCUUUUAGAAAUACCAGUUUGUAUAGAUCCUAAACGAUGCCUACAGCACCCAGUAGUGGUUUUAUUGCAGCUCUAGGUUUCAGACAUGCCUAUUGUAUUAUUAGCUUUUAUUUUUUGUUUGUUUUUUCUUUUUUUUUUUUUUUUU